AAGGUCAUCGCGGAACGGGGUGAAUGACAGAAAGUUCGGAGCCAAGAUGGCGGUGGUGGAGUUGGAAGUUUUGCACUACGGCAUCAUCGCUAUUCUCCUUAUUCUGCCCGUUCUGUACGAGACCAGCGCCACCUUCAAGUACUUCGCCAAGUUCGUCCUGUAUGACACCAUUGUCUUGACUAUUGCUGUAUUCCUCAUGCCGAUUCUGGCGUUUAGACCGAGAGAUGUCAACAACUACAGGAUAGUGUCUUGGACUGUAAAGAACGCCAUGAAGAUUUUUGCCAUUAAGAUUGAUAUAAAACACAGGGAGAGGCUGGUGUCUGACCAACCCUACAUACUGGUGUCCAACCAUCAGAGUUCCCUCGACUUUAUAGGAAUGAUGGAGUUGUUGCCAGAUCGCUGCGCGUUUCUCGCGAAACGAGAACUCCUGUGGGCGGGGCCCUUUGGCAUCUCGUCCUGGCUCUGUGGCACCAUUUUUAUCGACAGACUCAACCCUGAGAAGGCCAGGGACACCAUGGACCAAACGGCAGAGACUUUACAUACAAAAAAUAUAAAACUCUGGAUUUUCCCAGAGGGAACAAGAAACCACAACGGCUCCAUGUUGCCAUUCAAGAAAGGUGCUUUCUACCUGGCCGUCCAGGCACAGAUCCCCAUCGUUCCAGUGGUUUUCUCCUCUUUCUCCCACUUCUACAAUAAGAAAGAGAGGAAGUUUGAAACAGGCAGAGUUACUGCCACCGUCCUCCCACCAGUUUCCACCGAGGGCCUCACCAAGGACGAUGUCGGCGACCUGACAGAACAAGUCCGCAAAACUAUGCUGCAGACCUUCAACGAGACCUCCCUGCCCAGAAUGGAGCCCAAUGGCUACAGCUAAGCCUGGUUACAGACAUACACACCAUCCUUGGUUUGGCUUAGGUCCCAUUCCAAAAAAACGGGGCCCAGUCAGGAUGUUUGCGGAAACGAAAAAUGAAAUGCAAUGAAAUUCAUUGUUUACCAAUGAAUGUACUGUUACACAAAUUAUACACCUGACUAAUUUUAUUUUAUGUGCUGUGUGUUUUGUUGCCUUUCUUAUCAUAUUUUUCGUUUCUGAAAGCUACCCGACUGGCCCCCUGGUUGGGAAUUUGGAACUAGGCCUUACAGCAGCUAGGCAGUAUGAUUGUGUCAAAACAACAAAGUGUCUUGUCUGGAACAAGGUCUUCAGUACAGUAGUAUGUAUGUACAAGUCUCCAAGCAGAUGCGAAAAGGUAACAUUCCUCUUGCUUCCAAUUCGAGGAGAAGAAGGCUUUUCCAGAACUGGGAUCUUGAGAAACGCUAAGGGUUGUCUCACUGAAUCUGCUGUAAUUUGGCAGCGGCACUGUGUUCAAAAUUGGAUUUGUCUUACAAUUUCCUUUCUAACGGGAAUAUCAUGCAAAGCAAACAAGUAUGACCAAAACAACAAGAAAACUCACAAAAGCGAAAAAAGAUUUGUCUUUGCUAAUGGGAAUAUCAUGCAAAGUGAACAAGUAUGCCUAAAACAACAAGAAAACUCACCAAAGCAAAAAAAGAUUCGUCUUUUUAUCAAUAAAACUCUGUUGAGCGCUCUGUCAAAUUGCUUGUCCGCAGCAAUGCUGUCAACGUGCCACAGCUUUAGUGAGAUACGCCCUUAAGGAUUUUCCUUUUCUAUAUUCUGCAUGGAGAAUGUGUGUGUAUCAUCAGAGUAACUAAUUUGUCAGGGAAGCUUUUGCAGUUUAAUGGCUGAAUCAUUAAUGACCUAGUAAAGAAUUAGACUGGGAGGUUAAGUAGACACAACAUAGUUACAUGGAGCCCCCUCUAGAAAGAAAUGAUCGACCACAUGAGUGACGUGCAGUAAUACUUAUAUAUACUUCAGAAAAACUUUGCAAAGAAAGGACAGAUUGAAGAUAUAAUCUUUUGCUGCAAUUUUCUGUUAGAUAUUGUGAGAUGCAGUUGAAAGCAAUGCUUCUCCAGCUUUGAUUUCUUUUCCACUGAUUGUUUGAGAGCCCAUUUUUGUUGCUAAGUCUUAUUUCUAGCUUGUAAAAAUACAUUUUCAUCGAUUUUUUGUCAUGGAGUUCAGAUAUUUGGGAAAUUUUUGUCUGUCCCAACAAGCAAAUUUCCAUCCAGGGAAAGGGGGACGGGUACUGCAUGGAGACAGCACUGUGUGAGGCACAGUUGAAAGGGGGUUAAACACUGCUUACUUCUGACUUUCUAAGACAAAUACAGGUCAUAUGCAUCAUGGCUUAUUUAUUAAGGUUUAGUCUUUCAAAUUUAAGUCAACUGCAUUGUGCAUGUACAUGUAGCAAGAUUUGUUUAUAACUGACUGCUAUUUUUAGGCUAUGGUAAGACUAGUCUUCUAAUCUGAGUGACCAGUGAAUCAAAGUUUAAUUAUCUGCUCAAAUCAUUGCAGUAAAAAGUUAAUAAAAGUGAUCAUUGGAAGGCAAAUCAAUUCACUCAACCCUUUUUUCCUUAGGUCUUUAGUGAGCGGUAGAGCAGAGGUUUAAGGUCGGAGGUUAAGGGAUUAUAAAGUCAUCAUUACAACCCAGUGUUACACAAUCAAACAUGUUAAUAGUCGUAAUUACAUGUUCAUUCUGUUAUGGUUUGAAAACAAUUUUAGCUGUUCAUAGUAGUUUCUGUAAUCACCAUGUGUGUAUGUAGACUCAAUAACAUGCUGGUAGAUCCGUUGAUUUGUUUUAGAACAGAUUUCUUGGGGUAGCUAUCUUUUUGUGUGUUUGUGUGUCAGUUGCAAAACCCAGCAGAUAUUUUUGGCAGCAUUCAUAGCAACUGCAGCAUAUGCUAGGAAAAACAAGAUUGAAUCAUAGAAUUACUGAUUUCGUACAAGAAAAUCUUAAUUUGUUUUUAACAAAGCAUAGCUGCAUUGACGUUUUUGAUAGUAUACCAGAUUCACUCAAAGUAAGACUUAAGACUUUCAUAAAUAACCUUGUAGUGAAUGACCUUGAGAAAAACUUGUUGCACUCCUUAGAUAAUUCUUUGUUGCUAGUCUUUGUUGAAGAUCACUAUAACCUUUGCAAGGGAGGUGCCUUCCUUGAAUAUUGUUAAUAAUAAGUAGUUAUCUAAUUGGUGAAUUUGAUUUAAGUUUCAUGGUGUGUAAACUAAACUAAAGCAAGCACAGAUACAUGAACUAGUAGGUAAAAGGUAUGAAAUGAAUUCAUAAUUGAAAUGUUCAUAGAUGAAUUCAUUAUUAUGAUUUCAAACAAGAACCACUGUCAGCAU